AUGCGCGGAAAUAAAAACUCUGGUCCUUGUGCAAUCAAGAAUUGUGAUAAUAAUGAUAAAAAUCCUGAAGAUGUUAACUUCAGAACUAUAACAGACAAUGUGUUUAAAAAUAUAAGAGAACACCAAGACUAUGAAAGCAUAAAUUAUUUAAGAUUAAAUGAACAACUUUGUGCUAAUCACUACAUGAAGUAUGUAGCAUAUUAUAAACGUAAGCAAUUGAAUGUCAAUGAAAAUUCUUCAAAUAAUAUCAAGAUUAAUGUCACAGAAAAUGGAGUUCUUUUAUCCAGAGAAGAUUUUGACUCCCUUCAAGAAUUCACUAUCAUUCAUCGGGAUAAUGGUAAAAUAAUUGAAUUAAUGCAGAAUGUAGUUAUAAAGCGUUAUAAAUCAGCAGAAUUAGUGGGACAUAUUGUGAACUUGUAUGAUAAAAUGAAAUCUCAUCAUAUUUCUUUUAUUGAUUCUUUGAUUAAAGUUAAAAUUGAAGAACAAUCAGUCCCAUUUGUUAUUCUAUCACCCAAAGGUAUACAUUAUAAACCACAAUCAGAGAAACAACUAGUUAUGGCAUUGCAUUGUGCAUUGACUGCAGUUGAGGCAUUUCAUGGAUUGAAUAUCAUGCAUAGAGAUAUUCGCUGGGAGAAUCUAAUGAAGUAUGCUGAUAAGGACAGAUGGUUUAUAAUUGACUUUGAUGAGGCAUGUGAUUCUCCUUCAAGUGUUCCUUAUAUGCAACUAGAUAGGAGAAGCCAUGCACCUGAAAUUUUUAGUGGGAAUCAUGACAAAAGUGUUGAUAUUUGGUCUAUUGGACACCUGAUAUUAGAAACUUCUAUAAAAUCAGAACUAUUAACUGAAUAUGCAGAAAGAAGUUUGAUGUUAAAGGAUUCUAAAAAGAGACCAACAGCUAAAGAGGCUUUAGAAUGGCUAUGUAACAGAUAUAAAGAUAUUCUGCAAACAGAAUUUUUGAUUAGCAAAUAUUAA